AUGGCCAAUUUAACUCUAUUGAUUCUUAGAGAUAACAACUUUCUUGGUACCUUGCCUCCUGAAAUUAAUAAGAUCGUUCAUAUGAGUGUUUUGGAUCUCUCCGAUAAUGAAUUCGAAGGGCAGCUGCCAGAAAAUAUAUGCCUUGGGGGAUUAUUGCAAAAAUUCAUUGUGAUGAAUAAUCAUUUCACUGGUCAUAUCCCUAAAAGCUUGAGGAAUUGUACUUCAUUAGUUAGAGUGAGGCUUGAAGGAAACAAACUUACUGGAAAUAUAACGGAAGCUUUUGGAGUAUAUCCGCAGCUGAAUUAUAUGGACUUGAGCCACAAUUAUUUGCAUGGUGAACUUUCAUGGAAAUGGGGGUAUUGCCACAAUUUGACAAGUUUAAGGAUAUCAAACAAUAACAUUUCAGGUGAGAUACCCCCAAUAUUUGGAAGGAUGGCUCAAUUACGGGUACUUGACCUUUCUGCAAAUAAUUUAAGCGGAAAGAUUCCUAGGGAAUUGGGAAGCUUGCAACUACUGCUAGAUCUUAUCCUUAACAACAAUGGGAUCACGGGAAAUAUUCCCCAUCAAAUUGGAUUUUUAUCUCGACUGGAACAUCUCAAUCUAGCAUCAAACAAUUUGAGCGGAGCCAUUCCACCACAGCUCAACCUAUGUGCCAACUUGCUGAGCUUGAACUUGAGCCAAAAUAAAAUUAAGAGAAGCAUUCCUCCUGAGAUAGGCAAUGCGCAAUUCCUAAGCGUUCUUGAUUUAAGUCAGAAUCUAUUGACUGGAAGAAUACCACCAGAUUUAGGAAAAUUGAGAGUCCUAGAAACCCUAAACGUCUCACACAAUGGCCUCUCUGGUUCCAUCCCACAUAGUUUUGCUGACUUAUGGGCAUUAACUUCUGUUGAUGUGUCCUACAAUGACUUGGAAGGUCCUCUCCCAAAUGUCAAAGCUUUUAAGGAGGCUCCAUUUGAGGCAGUUCAGCAUAACAAGGGGCUGUGUGGGAACGUGGCUGGAUUACAGAAAUGCAAUAUUUCUACCAUGAGCAAGAAACACAAUCAACAUAGCGGAGCUAGAAUUUUGAUUAUCCCCGUUCUCUCAUUCUUGGGAUUCCUUGUUCUGUCUUCCUUCUUGAUUGUCCUCAUAAUCAUUUAUUGCCAUCGAAGAAAGAUUAUCAAGAGAGAGAGGAAUGCAUUGACAGAGACUAAUGAUUUAGAUUUCUUGCACAUUCUGAGUUUUGAUGGAAAAAUUUUGUACGAGCAAAUCAUGGAAGCGACAGAAGGAUUUCACUCCAAGUACUAUUUGGGAGAAGGGGCUUAUGGCGUUGUUUACAAAGCCGAUCUACCCACAGAUCAAACUCUUGCUGUCAAGAAAAAUCCAUCGUCCCAGGAAGAUGAGACCGUCGACAUCGUUCCUUUUGAAAGGGAAAUUGAAGCCUUACAAAAUAUUCGCCACCGCAACAUCGUGAAAUUUUAUGGGUUCUGCUCUCAUGCACAACAUUGUUUUCUGGUAUACGAGUUCAUCGAAAGAGGGAGCUUGAGAACAAUUUUGAAUGAUGAUGACAAAGCAUCAGAAUUUGGUUGGGACAAAAGGAUAAACAUGGUUCGAGCAAUUGCGGAUGCAUUGUCGUAUAUGCAUCACGACUGUUUUCCUCCAUUGAUCCAUCGAGACUUGACCAGCACCAACAUCUUGUUGGAUGCUGAUUUCGAGGCUCACGUUUCAGACUUUGGCACCGCAAGAUUAUUGAGGCCAGAUUCCACCAACUGGACUGCUACUGCUGGCACAAUCGGAUACAUCGCUCCAGAGCUAGCUUAUACAAACAUUCCGACCGAAAAAUGUGAUGUAUAUAGCUUUGGAGUUGUAGUACUGGAGAUAAUCAUGGGAAAGCAUCCAGGAAAUUAUGUCUCAUUGGAUGUACUGGACCAACGCCUCUUGCCUCCGACAAAUUGGCAUGCGCAAAACAUAAUCUCUGUUGCAGCACUAGCACUCGCAUGCUUGCGGACCAAUCCUCAACUUCGACCGACCAUGACACAAAUCUCACAAGAGCUUCAAGUUCAAGCAACACCGGUUUUGCCGUUCUUUGGAGUCACCUUAGAACAACUCUGUGAUCUUGAUCGCAGGAACUUUUAG